AAGGUUAUCCUAUGAGAAUCGACAAUUCAGUAAGAUACAUAAAGUCGAUAAAAGAUAUUGAAAUAUUAGAUUUCUAAAAUCAAUUAGUAGUGAAUGAAUUGAAAAUUUUGACAAAAUGGCUAAUAAAGGGAAUGAAAAUAAAAUUCCCUACAUUGUGGGCGAUUAUGUUUGGAUUAAAAAUAAUUUGAAAAGUGAAUUUGAUGUUCCUGUGGGUUGCAAAAUUGUGAACAUUGAUAAAAAGAAGAUACAAAUUCGAGACGAUGAUGGUACUCUUGAAUGGAUCAAAGAAGAUCAAAUGAUAAAACUGAUGCAUUCAACUUCCAUUUCUGGAGUGGAUGAUAUGAUAAAACUAGGUGAACUACAGGAACAUGCGAUUUUGAAAAAUCUUCACAUACGCUACAAUCAGAAUAUAAUAUAUACCUACACUGGUAGCAUGCUGAUAGCCGUUAAUCCUUAUCAAGUUUUAAAUGUCUACACUUAUAAUGAAAUAAAUCUCUACAGAGGGAAGAAAAUUGGAAUAGAAUCCCCUCAUAUUUUUGCCAUUGGAGAUAAUUGUUUUAUGGAAAUGAAAAAUACUAAAAUCGAUCAAUGCAUUGUCAUCAGUGGAGAAAGUGGAGCUGGAAAAACAGAAAGUACAAAAUUAAUUUUACAAUAUCUAUCAGCUAUCAGUGGAGAACAUUCUUGGAUUGAGCAACAAAUUUUAGAAGCAAAUCCAAUUUUAGAAGCAUUUGGCAACGCGAGGACCGUUAGAAAUGACAAUUCUUCACGUUUUGGAAAAUACAUUGGUAUAAUUUUUAAUAAACAAGGAAUAAUUGAGGGUGCUAAAAUUGAACAAUAUUUAUUGGAAAAAUGUCGAAUAGUAUCGCAAUCAAAAAGCGAGAGAAAUUAUCACGUAUUUUAUGGUCUACUUACUGGACUUACGAAAGAGGAAAAAGAAAAAUUGAACCUCGGAGGAACUAACGAUUACAAAUAUUUAUGUGGGGUUGCAACAUGUAAGGACAGAGACGAUGCUAAAGAAUUUGCAGAAGUAAGAGCAGCCAUGAAAGUUUUAAAUUUCAGUUAUGAAGAUUUUUGGAAUAUAAUGAAACUUCUAGCAGUGGUUUUACAUUUUGGAAAUCUUAAUUACAAAAGCACUGUUACAGAAAAUAUGGAUGCAACUGUCAUAAACGAUGAGAAAAAUCUGAAGAUAAUUGCUGAGAUUUUACAAGUAUCAGAACGAGCGUUAAUUGAUGCACUGACAAAAAAGACAAUUUUCGUUCAUGGCGAACGUGUGUGCAGUAACAUGUCAAAAAAUCAAGCAUUGGAUACAAGAGAUGCUUUUGUUAAAGCAGUAUACGGUCGUCUUUUUAUAAUGAUCGUUGACAAAAUUAACGACGCUAUUUAUAAAGUAAAAGCCGACGAAAAAAAUUCAAUUGGUGUUCUUGAUAUUUUUGGAUUUGAAAAUUUCGACAUAAACAGUUUCGAACAACUUUGCAUUAAUUAUGCCAAUGAACAUUUACAACAAUUUUUUGUUCAACAUAUUUUCAAAAUGGAACAAAAUUAUUACACCGAAGAGGGAAUUUCAUGGAAGCACAUUGAAUUUGAAGAUAAUCAAUUGAUUCUUGAUCUUAUUGGAAUUAGGUCUAUGAAUAUUAUGGCCCUCGUUGAUGAAGAGAGUAAAUUUCCAAAGGGAACUGAUUUGACACUAUUGGCAAAAAUCAAUCAAUUACACGAAAAGAAUAAGAGUUACUUGAAACCUAAAUCGAAUCAUGUGCAAUCAUUUGGAGUGAUUCAUUUUGCCGGAACGGUUCAUUAUAAUGUUGCAGGAUUUUUGGAAAAAAAUCGCGAUACAUUUUCCACUGAUUUUAAACAAUUAGUUUCAAUAUCGUCAAACAAUUUUCUCAAAUCUCUCUUCACAAAUGAAAUGCUGUCUAAUGGUACUGAGGUCAAAAAACGAUCUGUAACAUUGUCCUCUGAAUUUCGAAAUUCACUCGAUUCCCUAAUGAAAACAUUGACAAUUUGUCAUCCAUUCUUCAUCAGAUGCAUCAAACCGAAUGAUAAACAAGUUCCUGGAAAAUUUGAUCGUGCACUUUGCUGUCGUCAAUUACGAUAUUCGGGCAUGAUGGAAACAGCUCGAAUACGACGUGCCGGAUAUCCGAUUCGCUACGAUUUUGCGGAAUUUGUCGAUCGUUUUCGUAUAUUAUCAAAUGGCAUUUUACCAUCUCAUAAAACAAAUGUGAAAGUGGCCGUAGCAAAAAUUUGUUCCGAUACAUUUGGUACCGAUCAGGACUAUCAAUUGGGAAUAACGAAAAUUUUUCUCAAAGAACAUCAUGAAAAUUAUUUGGAGAAAGAGAGAAGUCGUAUUAUUAUUAGAAAUAUUAUUAAAAUACAAAAUUAUAUUCGAGGAUGGCUCGCUAGAAGAAGAUUUUUAAGAAUGAGAAGUGCGGCUGUAGUGAUUCAAAAAAUUUGGAGAGGAUAUGGACCACGAAAGAGGUAUUUGAAAUUAAAUCAUGGAUGCCUUCGAUUGCAAGCUCGAAUUAAAUCAAGAGCUUACAAUCACGAGUAUAAGCAAAAAAGAAAUGCAAUUGUUGCUUUGCAGGCAGUAUGUCGUGGUUACCUUGUUCGUAAAUACAGUAAAGAAAAGUCUCAGUGGAAACAAAGGAGAAUUCAAGAAAUUCAAAGCCUUCGAAAAGAGGAGGAGAAAAUGUUGAAGAAACAGGGAAACAGAAAAUAUAAGGAAGUGGCCGCAGCAAACUUUGAACAGAGAAUGCGAGAACUGAAACUACUUCUCGAGGAAAAUGAGAAAAAAGAGAUAGACGCUCCUACCAAGGAAUCUGAGUCCAGCAUUGACAGGAUAUUCGAAUUUUUAGAAAGUGAACCAAAAAGUACAAUUUCAAAGGAUUUGCCAGGCGAUAUGUACGCGGAUUUGGCCGAAAAGGACAAUAAUGUCACAUCCGGACAGUCAGAUUUUCUUGAAAUUCCUGACGAAGAAGAACUUGAUGAAGAUUUUUCUGUUUAUGACUUUCAUAAAUUCGCGGCAAUGUAUUUUGUUAGCAACAUUCCUCCUCAAUAUUCGCGAAGAUCUUUGGUGCAUUCUCUUUUGGAUUUACCACAUCCCUCGGAUCAAUUGUGUGCAAAAGCACUAUGGAUUACAAUUCUAAGAUUCAUGGGUGACAUUCCUGAACCAAGAAAUCCCAUAGAGGCACCCAUCAAUACCCCAGUUAUGGCGACAGUUUCACAAACACUUUCGAAAAAAUUUUCACGUACCAAAGAUUUCGAAAAUCUUAUGAAUCAGGAAAAAUCACAGCACAUUGUCCGCAUGACAUUGAAGAGAAAAGACAAAUUCCAAGAAGAAAUCAAAAGAGGAAUCAUUGAUGAUGAAUUUGUGGAUCAAGAUUAUCAAAAUUGGCUCAAUACUCGCCGUUCCAAUUUAGAGAAAUUGCAUUUCAUUAUUGGUCAUGGAAUUCUACGACCUGAACUAAAAGACGAAAUUUAUUGCCAAAUUGUCAAGCAGUUAAUCAAUAAUCCCACAAAAGCAUCCCACGCAAGAGGAUGGAUCCUUCUUUCUCUUUGCGUGGGAUGUUUUGCACCCUCUGAGAAAUUCCUAAAUUACUUGAGAGCAUUCAUUCGAACUGGACCUCCAGGAUAUGCGCCAUAUUGUGAUAAAAGAUUAAGUCGUACCUACAGGAAUGGAAUCAGAACUCAGCCACCAAGUUGGAUCGAAUUGCAGGCGACGAAAAAUAAAACACCAAUAUUAUUGACGGUGAUGUUCAUGGAUGGAAAUUCAAGGAAUGUUGAGGCAGAUUCUGCAUCAACUGCCCAAGAAAUUGUUAGCAGUCUUGCAAAUAAUAUUUCACUAAAAGAUACUUUUGGUUUUUCUCUUUUUGUGACUCUUUACGAUAAAGUCUUAUCACUUGGAGCUGGACGAGAUCAUGUGAUGGAUGCAAUUUCACAAUGUGAACAAUAUGCAAGGGAACAGGGACAUUCUGAACGAUCAGUCAGAUGGAGAUUGUUCUUUAGAAAAGAGAUCUUUGCUCCUUGGCACGACCCAACAUUUGAUAAGGUCGCCACUGACCUUAUCUAUCAUCAAAUCAUUCGAGGCGUCAAGCACGGAGAAUAUGUCUGUAACAAUGAAAAUGAUAUAGCAAUGAUUGUGGCUCAUCAAUUGUAUGUCGAUCAUCAGAAUAAUUUAACUCCUGCAAAUUUAAAGAGUGCAUUACCUCUUUGUAUUCCUAAACAUUUGCUUCAUGGAGUUUCGGAAGAUGUUUUGCCCAAAUGGGAGCAAUUGGUAUCUAAAGCUUUCCGAAAGAACAUGAAUGUAAUUGAAAAUGCACCACCGGUGAAGGCAAAAGAAGAUAUUGUUUUAUUUUCAAAAAUUACUUGGCCAAUUCUUUUUUCAAAAUUUUAUGAAGUUUCACGAUUAUCGGGACCAAAAUUAGCUACAAAUGAUGUUAUCAUUGCAGUGAAUUGGACCGGAGUCUAUCUCAUAGACAGUCAAGAAACUCUUCUUUUAGAAUUAUCGUUUCCAGAAAUUGCUGAAGUCACUUGUCAAAAAAUAAACAAUGCUUUUAUUCACAAUCUUAUAUUGUCAACUAUUCAACGAGAAGAAUAUAUUUUCCUAAGUUCUGAAGCUGAAGAUCUUGCUAGUUUAAUUAAUUUUCUAAUUGAUGGUCUGAAAGAAAAAUCAUUAUAUGUUGUUGCAACUCAAGAUUACAUGAUUGAUGCAGAUGAAGCUGAAUCAUUUCUACCAAUGCAUCGAGGCGAUUUGAUCAAACUUGCUGGCGAUUGCAAUGGAUAUACAAUAAUGAAUUCAGUUUGGGGAUACGGUGAAAAAUCUGAUGUCAAAGGUGAUUUUCCAUCAGACUGCGUGUACGUUCUUCCAACAAUGACGAAACCAUCAUCUACAAUUGUAGAAAUUUUUAAAGCAGACUUUACUGGAAAGAUAAAUUCUGUUCGUGAAACAAAACCAACGAAAUCAAAAUUAACUCAGCAUACGUUGAAAAAAUAUGCAGCCGAACAUUUCCGUCCGGGAAUAAAUGUCACUAUUUCACGCGGAUCCAGCAUCACAAUGGCAAAACGUACAGCAUCCGAAACAUUGUGGAAACAUACAAGAGAGCCAUUAAAGGCACCGCUUUUAACAAAACUCGUUGAACAAAAUGAUCUUGCACAACAUGCCGUUAAUAUAUUUUCCAAUAUUUUGAAAUACAUGGGCGAUCUUCCAAGUAAUCGUCCAAAAAAUGGCACUGAAUAUACUGAUCAAAUAUUUCGACCUGCCCUCGAACACCCGCUUCUUUGUGAUGAAGUUUAUUGUCAAAUAAUGAGACAAUUAACGGACAAUCGAAUUCGAUUAAGUGAAGAACGUGGUUGGGAAUUAUUGUGGCUGGCAACAGGUGUCAUGACUUGCAGUGCAAAUUUACACAAGGAAAUUGUUCAAUUUCUAACAACGAGAACCAGCAUUUUGGCGGCUGAUUGUUUGAACCGUUUAGACAGAACCAUGAAAACUGGCAACAGAAAAUAUCCACCAUACAUAUUGGAAGUAGAGGCUAUUAGAUUCAAAAGUUUACGAAUUUAUCACAAAGUCUAUUUUCCUGAUGAUUCUGAUGAAGCCAUCGAGAUUCACUCAUCAACGAGGGCGUCCGAUGUUUGUGAAGAUAUUGUAUCGAGUCUUCGACUCAAGGGUUCAGAUGGAUUUAGUUUGUUUGUGAAAAUUGCGGAUAAAUUUUUCUCAGUUCCACUUUAUUAUUUCUUCUUUGACUUUGUUCACGAGCUCGUGGAAUGGGUAAAAAGAUCAAGACCAAAUAUCGGUUCAGUUCAGGCUCAAUAUCAAAUAUUCUUUAUGAAAAAACUUUGGAUCAAUGCUGUACCUGGCCGUGAUGAGAAUGCCGAUUCGAUAUUUUAUUUUCAUCAAGAAUUACCUAAACUUUUACGAGGCUAUCACAAAUGUAAUAAAAAUGAUGCAAUUAAACUUGGUGCUUUAAUUUAUCGAAGUAAAUAUGGUGACAAUAAAGCAGAACUCACGGAAAUUCCACACAAACUUAGAGAAUACAUUCCUCCUGAUAUAAUUAACCUAAUGAGUUCAAAUGAUUGGAAGAAACAUAUCAUAUCGGUUUAUAAUCAGCAAUCUGGAAUAACGGAAAUUGAAGCAAAACGACAAUUUCUUCAAUAUAUCUAUCAGUGGCCAACUUUUGGAUCUGCUUUCUUUGAAGUGAAACAGACAACUGAACCAAGUUUUCCAGAAUUGGUUUUAAUAGCAGUCAAUCGAAAUGGAAUUAGUGUAAUUGAUCCACGAACGAAAGACAUUCUUGCCACUUAUAAUUUCAAUGAAUUAUCAAAUUGGUCAUCUGGCAAUACAUAUUUUCACAUGACCAUUGGAAAUUUCAUGAAGGGUAAAAAAAUUCUUUGCGAAACAUUGCUUGGCUAUAAAAUGGAUGAUCUGAUAUCUUCUUAUAUCGAUUAUCUUCGUAAUAAUACAAAACAAUCAGGUUUCAAACUCUAAAUAAUUUUUCAAUGAUAUCUCAUAUAUAUUAUAUUUUAAGAGAAUAAAUGGAAUUAAGUUCUUUUAAUCAUAAAAAUAAAAUUUUGUACAGAAACAA